AUGUCAGAUCAAAUGGACACUGACAUUCCACCAGCCAACCCAACAAAUGAACAGUCCACCUUGGACUUAAUAUUACAAGAGAUUAGAUCCUUGAAAGACCGACUUUCAAUUGUUGAAAACAACCAAAAAGCUUUUCUACCAGAUCAAGCUAAGAAAAUUGGAGAAUUAUCAACUGAUUAUCAAAAGGAAGAAGAACAGAUUAAAGAAAUUCAAGAUGUUGUCAAUAAAGAACAUGAAGAGAUGACAACCGUUAAAAAUGUUGUCACUGAAGAUCAUUCGGCAAUGAAAGAUGUUCAAUCCCAUUUAAAAUCGGUUGAAGAAACAGAAUUUGCACAAAAAGAAGAACAACAAAAGGUGCAAUCUAAUUUAGAACUGUUGAUUGUUGAUGAACAAAACUUAAAGCAAAGAGAGGCAACAGCUGAGACAGGUAUUAGUGAAUUACAUAACAUGAUCAAAAUGUUAGAACAAAAACUCACUGUCGAACUGUCAAACACUAGAGCAACAAUGGAAAUUUUCAACAAUAAUCAAAAACGAUUACUUGAUUUAAUAAAUGACAGUAAUAACAACAGGUUCAGCUCCACUACGACUGAAGACCAAAGUAAGCAACCACAGAUAGGUAAUUCAGAUUCUUUGAAUAACGACUUGAAAAAUUUAGUCGGUUUAAAUAGUGAAGACAUCCAAACUAUCAAAGCUUAUUUGCCAUUUGUGGUCUUACAUCCUAUAUACACUGGGAAUGCCACAAAUAAACCUCCCCCCAUGCGUGAUGAAUUAAUCAUAGAAGGCCACCAGGAUCAACAAAAGAUCACCAAAUUUAAGAACAUACAAUCUUAUCUUCAACUCCUGAUGGUCCCAUACGAAUUAUUUGGUUUAUUUUUUGAACCUUAUUUACGCGGUAAUUAUAUUGAUGCUAUCGCUGAUCAAAAGGAUCAUCCUGCUGAUGGAAAAUCAUUCUAA